AUUCAAAGUUGAUACUUAACCCGAAUAAGAAAAAGAAAAAAAACGUAUUAUAUCAGCGUGUUUUGGCGACAAAUUUUCCGACUACCUAACUCGCCCCACCGACUCGCUUCAAGUAUCACUUUCGCCGAGUUUUGAAUUUCACCCGCACUUCACCGAUUUGGAAGAAUAAUUGGGAGCUGAUUUUGAAGACUUGUGAAGAUGAGCUUUGUUUUUCGCGGGGCGAGACCUGACAUUGAAAAUGGAUUGUCGGGAGUUCUUCCUGAUAGACGAGCAAUGCGUGUUCAACCGAGGCCCAUUAAUACAAAUUCUCUAGCUUUUCUCAUUUCCGUUCUCUUGCUUUUCACAAUUUUGAAUUCUCAAAUGUCCCCGAACUUUCUGCUUUGGGUAGUACUGGGUAUUUUCUUGAUGGCCACAACCCUGAGGAUGUAUGCAACCUGCCAACGCCUCCAGGCACAGGCCCAAGCUCAUGCCGCUGCUGCCAGUGGUUUGUUAGCUCGCACUGAAUUUCGCUUGCACAUGCCACCAUCCAUAGCUUUGACAACAAGAGGGAGAUUACAAGGAUUGAGACUGCAGCUGGCACUUCUUGACCGUGAAUUUGAUGAUCUAGAUUAUGAGACACUGAGAUCUUUGGAUUCUAAUAAUCCUCCCAACACACAUUCAAUGAGUGAAGAAGAAAUAAAUGCCUUACCAGUUCACAAGUACAAGUCCAAUUCACAUAGUGAUGGUUUAGCAAAGCAAAAAGGCUCAAGUUCCUCAUCACUAGUGCAGUCUAAGCAGGAGACAGAGGUGGAUAAGAAUUCAGAAUCGCCCGAAGACGAGUUAACUUGCACCAUAUGCUUGGAGCAAGUCACUGCGGGGGAGCUUGUUCGCAGCUUGCCAUGUUUGCAUCAGUUUCAUGCAACUUGUAUUGAUCAAUGGCUACAUCAACAAGGAACAUGUCCGGUCUGCAAACUUAUGGUAGGUUCUGGAUGGCAGGAAAGUAGAGAGAGCGAAACAGAUGGUGACGACAUGGUGUAAGAACUGUUUUCCAUAAUAGAGUUACGGCCUAUGCUGCUGCAUGUAUUGAUGUAAAUAUGACUAUGAGGGGAUACCGGAUGAGAGUUAUGUAUGAAUCUAACGAAUCUAUCUUCAAAGUUACGUUCUUUAUAUUUGCAUGAUA